AUCUUCUGUGUGCAAGACAAAAACUAAAAAAAAAGAGAUAGCCAACAACUUCAACAGCAACACAAAACCAAAAAAAAAGGAAAAUAAUCGAAGUUUUACUAAAAAAAAUAAAACAAGAACUGCAUAACAAAUAUUCGCAGUCAAAAAUUUGUCGCCUCGUUUGCAAACAGAAACAAGUUUCAAAGCUUCCAUAAUAAAAUUACACGCUCGCAGUCCGUGUCGUGAUUUCGUGAAUAAAGAAAAGAUUCUUUUAAAGCAAUAAAUUGAAUUCUGUUUCUGAAUUUUUUGUCUGAGUCUCAGGCCAAAGGAGCAGUGAAGUCAUAAAAAAAAGUUUAUAUAUUUUUCAGAGAGAAAAGAUUUCACAAAAAGUUACAAUAUGCCACCAAAAGAAAGGAACAUCGCAAUCAUGGGAUAUCGAUCAGUUGGUAAAUCAUCGCUGAGUAUUCAAUUUAUUGAAGGACAAUUCGUUGACUCCUAUGACCCCACAAUCGAGAAUACUUUCACAAAAACCACCCGUGUAAAUCACCAAGAUUAUGGUGUUAAAUUAGUUGACACUGCUGGUCAGGAUGAAUACAGUAUAUUUCCGGCACAAUAUAGUAUGGACUUUCAUGGCUAUGUACUUGUCUAUUCGAUUACUAGUCAAAAGUCGUUUGAAGUUAUUCAAAUUAUUUAUGAGAAACUCUUAGAUGUUAUGGGAAAAGCACAUGUACCUGUUGUUUUAGUUGGAAACAAAACUGAUUUACACCAAGAAAGAGCUGUCACUGCUGAAGAGGGUAGAAAACUAGCAGAAUCGUGGAAAGCAGCGUUUUUAGAGACAUCUGCUAAGCAAAAUGAGUCUGUUCAAGAUAUAUUCCAUCAACUUCUUCUGCUUAUUGAAAAUGAAAAUGGAAACACGCAAGAAAAAAGUAGCUGUGUGAUUUCGUGAGCAAAGCACCACAAAUCAAAACUAAGUAUGAGGCAAUUAAUACACAGAAUACUAUCUCUUUAAGAAAAGAAAAUAUAAUUUAAAAACAAAAACAAUAAACUAAUUAAAACAUAUAAAGUUGCUUCAGUUAAACUUUCAACAAUUCAAGAACAAAUAAUAACAUACAAAACAAAAUAAGAAACAAAAGCUGAAGUAAAACGAAAUAGUUGGAUGUGACCAAAUAUUCACUUAAAUAAACAAACAAACACCCAGUUAAAAAUUAAAGUAUUGUUUCGAAGCAAAUAAAAAAGGGGAAAAUAGAUGAAAAGGAAAACAAAAGUUAAAGAUUUAUCUGUUUGGAAAAAAAUUAUUUUUUUUUAUAUUAUAAUGCAAUAUAAUCGUUUGUUUUUUUUUCUAUAGCUUUUAAUUGUUUUAAAACAUUUUUAUGAUUUUAGUACUUUAAUUAUUCUAGAGAAUGCUUAUUAUUUUAAUUUAAUCUAUUUUUCUUUUUAAAAUUAGUGUUUAGGGUUUUCUAUAUUUUCUUCAUUCAAAAAACAAAACAAAAAACAUAAAAACAUGCCGAACAGUGUGUUGUGCUCUUAUUUACAAAACAUAAAAUGAAUAAAUAAGAAACAAAAUAAAAAAAUAUAAAAACAACUAUAAAAACAUUUUAUAUAGAUUGUAUUUUUGUAAUAUUUUCUUGUAUUCUGAUUAUUUUUUUUAUUAAAUAUGUAAAUUUAAAGAACUUUUAAAUAAUUAUUUACAUAUCGCAUUUUCUGCUCCAAAAAGAUGCCGUAAAAAAAAUAUAUUAAAUGCAAUAGGAAUGUCAGUGUAAACUUAAUUAUCAAAUAAAUUGUUUAAUUUAAAAUA